CCUCUAUCCCGGGUAUCCCCUCACCACCGCUCUCUAGUACUCUCUUCUCAAUAGUCUCCCCAAGUUUCAUAACCCAAAUAGUACUCUCUGAAAGCCCAAAAAAUGGCCAUUAGAAAAUCAAACAAACUACCACAAGCAGCAGUCCUCAAGCAAAUCCUCAAGAGAUGCUCCAGCUUGGGAAAGAGACACGGCGGCUACGACCAUGACCAUGAUAGCCUCCCUCUCGACGUGCCAAAGGGUCAUUUUGCAGUCUACGUCGGAGAAAACCGGAGCAGAUACAUCGUCCCGAUCUCGUUCUUGACCCAUCCUCAAUUCCAAUGCCUGCUUCGACGCUCUGAAGAAGAAUUCGGGUUCGAUCAUGAGAUGGGACUCACGAUUCCUUGCGAAGAAGUGGUUUUUCACUCUCUAACAUCGACGAUCAGAUGAGAGAGAGAGUGCGUGCGUGUGCCUGAUGAUUUGUUUUGAGAGAGAUGACUUUAAGAUGAAGCAGUUUUAGUACUGCUUCUCUUUUUUUAAACAUCUUUCUUUCACUUAUUAGUGUUUUUUUCAAGCCCUUUUGGCUUUUAAUGUGUUGAUUAUGACUAUCUAACCCAAAACCAUCAAUAUUUUGUGGGUUAGAUUUGUGUAAAGUUUUAUAUUUUCCUCAUAGAGGUGUGAUGUCACUCGUAAGUGUUACACCCCGUGAGAGACCUUAAUUUUUAAGCAA